CGUGGCGUGGCGUGGCGUGGCGUGGCGUGGCGGUUUCCGGCUGGCGGCGGCGGCGCGGAGGGACCCGGACCCGGGCCUGACGGCGGCAGGAUUACAGCUAGUGCAAGCAGAAAAUCAGGAACCUGGUCGUGCCAAGGAACGAGUGUUUCAUAAAGUACCUUUCAACUCUGCAUAUUUGUGUCACCGCUGCUUCUCCCUGUUGGUAGCUUCUGGAAGGGAUUGCUGUUCCUCUACCUGCUUUCAGACUUCCUGAUGUAAUGGCAACCUACACUUGUAUCACCUGCCGUGUGGCUUUCAAGGAUGCUGACAUUCAGCGUGCCCAUUACAAAACUGACUGGCACAGAUACAACCUGAAACGUAAGGUUGCUGACAUGCCUCCUGUCACUGCUGAGAAUUUCCAGGAGAGAGUCCUAGCGCAGAGAGCAGUAGCAGAGGAGCAGAACAAAAUCACUGCCACUUACUGCACAGUCUGCAGCAAGAGAUUCUCCACCUUCAAUGCCUAUGAGAAUCACUUGAAGUCCAAGAAGCACCUGGAGUUGGAGAAGAAAGCUGUUCAAGCUGUCAGCAAGAAGGUGAAAAUAUUAAAUGAAAAGAACCUGGAAAAGGGGCUGGCCCCGGAGAGUGUAAACAAAGAUGAAAUGAACACAGCUAUUCAGCAAGCCAUCAGAGCUCAGCCAUCUUCAUCUCCGAAGAAGACACCUUUACCUCCCAGUAAUGCAAGUAGCUCUCCGGUUUCCAUGGGAAGCACCAGCUUAUCACAGAGUAGAGAACGAUCAGAAAAACCUCCACGGCUACAGUGGUUUGAACGGCAAGCAAAGAAGCUGGCCAAACAACAAGCAGAGGAAGAAGAGGAUAUGGAAGAAGGCUGGGAAGAUAUGGAUUCCGAUGAAGACAUCGGCUCUGAAGAAGAGAUGGAAAGUGUGGGAGAAGAGGAGGAGCAGGCAGAAGCUGAAAGCACUCUGGCUGUUGGGGCCAUACCAGUCACAGACUGCUUGUUCUGUCCCCACCAUUCAAGAUCUCUCACAAAAAAUGUGGCCCAUAUGACAAAAGCUCACAGUUUCUUCAUUCCAGACAUAGAGUACCUUGUGGAUCUCAGAGGUCUAAUCAAGUACCUGGGAGAGAAAGUUGGCGUUGGGAAAAUCUGCCUCUGGUGCAAUGAAAAAGGGAAAUCCUUCUACUCUACAGAAGCAGUACAGGCUCACAUGAAUGAUAAAAGCCACUGCAAACUCUUCACAGAUGGAGAUGCUGCCCUGGAAUUUGCAGACUUCUAUGAUUUUAGGAGCAGUUACCCCGAUCACAAGGAUGGGGAAGAUGUGGAGGUGCCUGGAGAGCGCCCAGCAGAGAGGGAGUUGGAUUAUGAUGAUGACACUAUGGAGCUGAUCCUCCCUUCAGGUGCAAGAGUGGGUCAUCGUUCUUUAAUGAGAUACUACAAGCAACGGUUUGGUCUGUCAAGAACGGUGGCUGUUGCGAAAAAUAAGAAAGCUGUGGGUCGGGUGUUGCAGCAGUACAGAGCUUUGGGCUGGACGAGUCAGACAGGGGCAGUCUCUGCUCAGCAGCGUGAUAUGCAGUACCUGCAGAGGAUGAAGUCAAAGUGGAUGCUCAAGACAGGGAUGAGUAACAAUGCUACAAAGCAGAUGCAUUUCCGGGCACAAGUCAGAUUCUGAGUUCCCAAGAGAGCUGCACGCAACUGGUUUUGAGAAGGGGGGGUUAAUGGUUUCUGGGUCAAGGAUUCUGUUAUUAAAACGGACUUGGUACCUGUCAGGUGGGGAUGUGUGUGCUGGUGUACCUUCCUGUCUGUGAGAAGAGUAGCAGGGAGCUUGUCUCUUCCACUAAAACGAUGGCUGGCCUAACUUAAAAAAUAAAGUAUCUUAAAUGGAAUAUGUGGCAAAAUAGUCAUGGCUAUGAAUAAAGAUGCAUGUGUAGUCUUGCUGCCCA